AUAUAAUCAUUGUUGUGUAUGCGCUUACCGCGCGCUAUAUGUAUAACGGUCAGUCAGCUGUCAAUAAAUCAGUGUGCAACUAACUAGCUUGUUUGAUUGACGUGUACCCGCUCUGUUUAAGUAUCUAACACGUGGCGACGAACGAACUUACGUAGGCGUUGAAAAUGGCCACUGGAGGAGUAUUUGGUGUUCUUUCCACUUUCGAUCACCUAACACAAGAGUGGAGAAGCUACAAAUGCCGCAUAAACCAAUGGUUUAUAGCGAACGAGAUAAAUAACGAAAAUGACAAAUUAACUAUCAAGAGACGGGCCAUUUUGUUAAGUGCGUUAAGCGAAGCGAGUUUUAACCUAGUUAGUGACCUGGCGCUACCUCGUAAGGUGGAAGAAUUGCGUUACGAUGAAAUAAUUACACUUCUCGACGAGCAUUUUACACCGAAAAGGUUCGGGUUUGCGGAGAAAUCCAUUUUCUACUCCGCAACUCAGCGCACAGGUGAAAGCCACACUCAGUGGGCGGCCCGGUUAAGGGGGUUAGCCGCACACUGUGCUUUCAAGAAUUUGGAAGAGGCCUUGCUAGAUAGGUUUAUCAUGGGCAUGGCAGCGGGACACGAGAGGGACAAGUUGUUUGCCCAGGAUCAGCGGGAGCUGACCUUGGCGAAAGCCAUAGAUUUGGCAGAAAGCGUGUGCUGUGCGCGCCGGGCGUCGUCGUUGGCGGCGCCGAGUGCGUGUGGCAGCGCCGUGAUGGUUCCGGAUGGCGUGUUCAACAUCUCCAAGAAGGAAAAGUGUAGUGUGUGCGGGUUUACUAAUCAUAAAUCUAACCAGUGUCGCUAUAAAAGUUACAAGUGUAAAAAGUGUAACAACAAAGGUCAUUUGUAUAAAAUGUGUCCUAACGACGCGAAGGUGAAGUACGUCGGGGAAGGUACUGUGGAUGACGGAGACGACGGUGAGUGCUUAUACAAUAUUCGAUGUGUGACGGGCAGGCCGAUGACAGAAAGCGUUCGGAUCGGUGGGCUGGUUUUAGAGUUUGAAAUAGAUAGUGGAUCAGCUGUAAGCGUUAUUUCCCACAAAACAUAUGUGUUGUAUUUCAAACGAUUACCGUUGUCAGUCACCAAUAAAAAAUUGUUUAACUAUAACGGCGGAAACAUUGAAACUGUGGGCGUGGUUUUAUUGCCAAUAUCGUAUAAAGAGCGCACGCGAGUCUUGUCUGUGUUUGUCGUACGAUAUGACGGUCCAUCGCUGCUUGGGCGCGAUUUCAUACGGGAAUUCGACCUCGAGUUAGUGAUGACGCACUCGAGCGCACCUGUGCACGCUGUUUACACGCAUGCGCUUAAGGGAAGUGAUUUUAAUGUCGCGGAAGAUUUAUUUAAAAUGUUUCCUAAGGUUUUUUCUGAUAGUCUCGGGUCGUUUAAUAAAUAUACAAUUAAAUUGCAUUUAAAGCCAGAUGUAAAGCCAAUAUUUCUUAAAGCUAGACCGGUGCCUUAUGCAUUAAAAGAAAAAAUAGAUAAGGAACUAGAUCGACUAUUAGGGUUAGGUAUUUUAAAACCGGUGGAACACUCGGAGUACGCAUCGCCUGUGGUACCGGUGUUGAAAAAAGAUGGUAGUAUCCGUUUAUGCGCCGAUUACUCGGUUACAAUUAACAAACAGUUAAUAAUAGAUCAGUACCCCUUGCCUACUGUAAAUGACUUAUUAUCUAAGCUGUAUGGAGGCAUUAAGUUUAGUAAAAUUGACUUGUCUAUGGCAUACAAUCAGCUUAGGCUAUGCGAGGAGUCGCAAAACCUCACAUGCAUUAAUACACAUCGCGGUCUUUUUAAUUUCACUCGUUUGGUUUUUGGGCUGGCAAGCGCACCAGCCAUUUUUCAAAGAGCAAUGGAGUGCUUGCUCGCCGGAAUAGACGGUAUCAUUUUUCUAUUAGAUGACAUAUUAAUAACUGCCAAUGAUGACGACCAGCACAGACAGCGUUUAAUCACCGUGCUUCAGCGAUUGGAUGACGCUGGGCUGACAGUACAAAAAAGUAAAUGUGAUUUUUUUAAAGAUGAAAUAUCAUAUCUUGGCCACAUAGUAGACAAAAACGGGAUUAGGACAUCACCUGAAAAAGUAAAGGCUAUAUUACAAGCUACUAAGCCGGAGAGCGUGUCACAAUUACAGUCGUUUUUGGGACUUACGAAUUAUUAUAGGAAUUUCAUACCCGACGCAUCGUCUGUGUUGAGUCCAUUGUAUAAUUUAUUAAAUAAAAACGCGAAGUGGGAAUGGACCACGGCUCACGAUAACGCAUUUUUAAAAGUAAAAAAUAUUUUAUCGUCUGAUAGGACUUUGGCGCACUUUAACCCGAACGCUAGGAUUAUUUUGACCGUUGAUGCGUCGCCGACGGGGCUAGGAGCUGUAUUAUCUCAAAUCGAUAAGGAUAUGAUAGAAAGGCCGAUAUCUUACGCUUCUCGAACGCUUUCACCGGCGGAAAAGAAUUACGCGCAGAUCCAAAAGGAAGCGACAGCUAUUAUUUUUGGCGUAAGACGGUUCCACCAGUAUUUAUACGGUAGGUCGCAACCCUUCGUGUUAAGGACAGACCACAAACCCCUGCUGGCCAUAUUCGGACUUCACAAAGGGAUCCCCGAAAUAUCCGCUAACCGUCUCCAACGAUACGCUAUGUUUUUGGCCGCUUAUAAUUAUAGUAUCGAGUAUAUAAGUAGCAAGCAGAACAUAGCGGAUUAUUUAUCUAGGGCUUGUGAGGUUACCAAUACAAGUAUGCCACCACGGGAAGGUAUGUCAGACGAGCUCGUCAAUUGUGACGAGAGGGCGGCCUAUGUUAAUUUUGUUAUCGACGGUGAUCUACCGGUGACGCUGAGCGACCUGAGGCGUGAAACCGCUACAGACGAUUGCUUGUCGCGAGUCAAGAGUUAUGUAUUAAACGGGUGGCCACGGAAAAUUAACGAUGUUAAUUUAAAACCUUACUUUAAUUGCCGAAAUCAACUAUCAUACGAAAACGGAUGUCUGAUGCGGGGACAUAAAGUAGUUAUUCCGAUUACGUUGCGAGAGACAGUGUGUAAAGAAAUGCACAGCUCACAUUUCGGGGUCGUGAAAAUGAAAGCGGAAGCUCGCAAGCGGCUGUGGUUCCCGGGUGUGGACAGAGCGCUGGAGCAGCUGGCGGCGGCGUGCAGCGUGUGCGCACAGCUACGCCCCGCACCGAAACAUGCGCCGCUUGCACCCUGGCCACUGCCGCCGCUUCCAUUUUAUAGAAUUCAUUUAGAUUUUCUGGGACCGGUUAACAACUUUAUGUUUUUAGUUAUUGUAGACGCUUACAGUAAAUGGGUCGAGUGUUACGAUAUGACUUCUUCUUACAAUUCAAAAGCUUUGAUUACUAAAUUAUACGAUUUUAUGUCGCGGUUCGGAAUUCCACACACAUUGGUGAGUGAUAAUGGUACGUCUUUUACCUCUCAUGAAUUUAAGCACUUUUGUCUGGUUAAUGGUAUAAAACAUAUGUUAUCACCUGCAUAUCAUCCCUCUAGCAAUGGACAAGCUGAGAGCUUUGUGAAAAUUAUUAAACGGGGGCUCAAAAGUAUAAUUUUACAGGGUUGUAAUAAAAAAAAUAUUGCAGAAAAGCUGGCUAAAUUUCUAUUCGACUAUCGAAACUCUAAAAACAGUACCACCGAAAAGUCGCCCGCGGAAUUAGUGUAUGGACGUACGUUGCGUUCACGGCUGGACCUCUUAAACUCGACAGCAUUAGCUUCGUCAUCGUCUCCCUCACCCACAGCACUCACUCGAACCGUCGAACACAACCAGUCCUUACAGGCUAAACAUUAUAAAGGUACAAAGAGACAGAGCUUUAAAGAGAACGAAACGGUUUGGGUUACUAAGAAUAUAAGUAAUAAUAAAAAAAUUUGGAUUGAAGGAAUAGUUAAGAGAAAAGUCGGACAAGUAUUAUACAAAAUAUAUGUACCACAUCUGGACUGUGUGAUAACAAGACACAUCGACCAAAUCAGAUUACGAUUGUGCGACUCGCAGUUAGAUAACAGACGUUGGGACCCAGACGUGGUGCCAGACUUAAUGCCAGCGGGCGGUUCAUACUCCGAAGCUAUCGCUCAUCCAGAAUGUGGAGGAGAGCCUCCGGUGGAACCAUGUCAAGAGUCGUCUGCAUCGGAGGAAGCGACCAACGAGCCGGUAACACCUCUCUGUACCGCCCGUUCCAGGCGUCAGGCAAUAAGUCCGGUCUUUUCAACACCGACUUAAUAGUUAUAGUUAGAUUUAAGUAAACAAUAUUUUUCUUUAUAUUAUCCUAGCUAUAAGAGGGAGAGAUGUUGUGUAUGCGCUUACCGCGCGCUAUAUGUAUAACGGUCAGUCAGCUGUCAAUAAAUCAGUGUGCAACUAA